AUGGAUUCUGGCUAUGGAGGAAGUGGAUCAGGUAAUGAACAGACUUCAAACUCUCAAUGGGGUAAGAAGCAACGCCGUCGACACUCAACACAACAAAUACAGAAGCUUGAAGCGUUCUUUAAGGAAUGCCCAUAUCCAGAUGAAAAUCAGAUGCUACAAUUGAGCAGGGAACUAGCACUUGAUCCCAAUCAGAUAAAGUCUUGGUUUCAAAAUAAAAGAACUCAGACGAAGGCUCAACACGAGAGAGCAGAAAAUAGCACCCUUCGAUCUGAAAAUGAAAGAAUUCAAUGUGAGAAUUUAGCUAUGAAAGAGGCACUGAAUAACAUCAUCUGCCCAACUUGUGAUGGUCCACGUCUUGGCGAAGAAGAGAAGCAUUGCAAUAUACAGAAAUUAAGAAUGGAAAAUUCCUUACUGAAGAAAGAGCACGAACGGAUGCUUAACUCAUAUUUCAGCUUCAUGGGAAAAUUACCAAUUUCUUUGCAAAUGGCAUCUCUUGGUGUUGUAUCUUCAUUGAGUGUUCCUGGAAAACAAUUUUUUGGUCAAGGGAAAGGAGGCCCUCCUAUUGAUCCUGAACAAAUUUCACGGAGUUCACAGAAUAUCACUUCACCAUUUCAAUUGACGGAAUUACAGGAGAUGGAGAAGUCAAUCAUUAUUGGAACCAAUAUACAAAUUGGUCAUUCAAGUGACUUCAAUGACCACUUGAUUUUCCAUUAA